CACACCCGAAACUGGUGAUUUGAACCCCCUCAUCGCCUUUCAUCUCUCCGCGUGUGCCGCGUCCCUGUGGUUGCAGUACGUGGCGAGCAUGAUCUAAAGGCCGGCCAUCCAUGCCAGGCGGCGCUGCGUGUGCGGCUGUCAUCGCCCUAUGGUGGUGCGCCACGUGUUGGGCCGCAGAUCUGACGCACGAGGGCCACAAAGGAGGACAGGUACGCAUGGCAAGCGACCACCGAUGAGUGCCCACCGCCAGAAACCACUGCAAACAUGGCUCUCUUGUUCUUCUGUGUUGCAGGAGUAUCGAGUGGCGCUUCUAAGCCGCAGCCGCAGCAAUGCCACGUACCACAGCCAUCUGCACAGCCGCCAUGCCCUCAAAGUCCACAGACACGGCGCCGUGCAGACCAUCAGACUCUAUGGCGCCCGUCCCUCCCCCAUCCCACCCGGGCCGCCACACAGCCGACACGCGGGCCACAAAUCGCACGCUUUGGGAAGCAAGAUCACCCCUUCCGACACCACGCAGCACCGCAGAUGGCGCUUCAUGAGGUUUCUGCCCUUCCAGACGCUGCAGCUGGGCUCCUCCCGCCACCGGAGGAUCUCUCUGGUGGAGAUCGGCCGGAAGCCCCACCACCACAAGAGCAAUAUGAUCCCUGCACCGCGUCGGUUCCCCAACAUGAAAUCUCCGCUGAAUUGCGCGGCCUACAAGAACGAGGUCAAGUGGCCAUCAUCGAAGCUGCUGGUGAUAGGUGUGGGGACGGGCCGGUGCGGCACUCAGGCGCUGGCGCAGCUGUUCCAGGCCAACGGCAUGCUUGUGACCCAUGAGGGGGAUUUUGGUAUGGGGCCGCUGUCGUGGGAUGCCCAUCCCACGGGCUGCGAGGGGGUCGUGAGGCGGCUGCAGAGGCUGCGUGACGAGACGGGUAUGGUGACGCUGCCGCGGGUGAACCGGUCGUCUCUGCCGCCGUUUGUGGUCAUGAAUGGACCCACAUCGGUGGUGGGCGAUGUCUGGUCCGCUCACCUGCCGUAUCUCGAAGCCUACUUCUCACUGAUACCUGAAGGUAUCCAUAUAUCCACACACACACACUCUCAUGUGUGUGCGUAUGUAUGUGUCCACCAUGUAGGCCAGCUGAAGGUAGUAGCGUUGAAGCGUGACCGCGACACGGUCGUCGAGGCCCUUCUCCGCUCCACUCCCCGGUGGAAUCCAUGGCAGCCAUACAAGUGCUGCCAGGCGCCAGAUGAGUCCAACACCGACUUCAAGGACCUCACCUUGGUGCGGGCGCUCCGCCGCCGUGGGGGCAUCAACAGCUACCUCGAGACCAGCGAGAUCCCAAAGCACGGCGAGCCCCUCAAUAGCAACAUAUGGCACACUUUCAAGAAGGGCGGGAGGGGGCGAGGCAAGGAGAGACAGGGAGGGAGAGAGAGGGGCGCUGCUGGAGGGGGUGAUGUGGCGCCUGCUAUGGCGACGGGUGAUGAUGAUUUGCGGCGGUGGGUGGCGCUGCCGCAUGGCUGUGAGUGCCUGACGCUCACGUACUAUGACCUGACAUUCCCCCACUACCCGCCGUAAGCAGCUGCACCAUGCGCGUGGGGGGGAUGUGUCUGUGGGAGGGAGGCUGAGUGGAUGUGUGUGUCAGUUCCGUCAACAAGACGGAGGCUGUGGGGCGUUAUUAUGACGACUACUACAACUGGCUCGAAGCCAUCCGAAAGAGACACAGCGGGUAGGUAACCAACACACACAUCCACAGCCCCCUUGUGUGUGUGUGUGGAUGGAUGUGUGUGGAUGGAUGUGUCGAUGUCCGUCAGAUACCUCCACCUGUUCUCGUCUCCCGAGGUGUUUGCCGUGCCGGUGAAGCAGGCCGAGAUAUUCUCCUUUUUGGGCUUCACAUGGACGGAGCGACAGUACGUCGACAUCCACGACAUAGACCGUCCCGCGUCCAAGCGCCGCGUCAAAGGCAUCAAGCCCGUCAUGGUCGCACACAAUAUAUUGACCGACUGACCCGGCCGGCCGGCCGAGCGGCAUGGCAUGGAGCGGAGGGAGGAGAGACUACCUUAGAUUGUAGAUAGCAGUAGAGCUACAGCUGAAGGCAUCAGCCGAAGAUAACAGACAGAGAAUUCGCCAAUUUUGAUUGAGGCUUUAAGCUGCUUGUAGGGGCGUGUAAGCGUGUGAAGGAUGGAUCUGUGAGAGUGUGUCGGUCGAGACCUGUGCAGUUGUGUGUGUGUGUGUCACGGACGCACGGAGGCAUACACACAUUGCUGACAUAUGAAUGAUAUCAUUCAUGAUUGCAUGGGACAAGGAUGGAGCGGAGCGGGUGAACGGUCUUGUCUCUCCACACACAGCACAGUGCACACGCACACGCAGGGCCUGCACUGACA